UCUAUCUGCUCAUCAGCUACUACAGCGUGUUGGCUCAGGAAAACCCCUGCGAGACCCAGACGAGCAAGAACCAGCAGGACACACCAGCGGCCUGCGUCCCGGAGAGCCAACUGCUGCUAGCAGCGGAGGAGUUCGCAGUCAGCAGCCUGUUCCAGUCUGAUCAGCCGGCCGGUGUUCCACCAGAGCUCUCCUGCUUCCUGAGCCGCUGCUUCAUCCUGCGGGUGCGCUGUUUACUGGACAGCACCUCUGGGUUCCUGACUAUGCAGUUCCAGGGUCAGCUGAAGUUCCUGCACGGGCAGAGGAGGAGGGCGGUGUCUGGGGCGGCACUGCCUCCAGCACUAGCCCUGUUCUGCGUGGCCGUUCCCCUGCUGCCGUCCGGCCCUGAUCUGAAGAUGAGGAGCCGCCAGCGGGGCCCUGGGGCCCUCCCCGUACCGCAGCACACUGACAGAGAGGAUCCUCUCAGACGUGCAGGAACACACACCCUGUUCUCCAGAGAUGCAGUGAAGCGCAGGACUGAAGGCCUGUUCGCCGCAGACCAGCCCCAGUACAGCAGAGCGGAGUGUGUGGAGUUCAGCUUCCAGCCACACGGAGAUGACUACAACACACACACACACCUGCUGGAGCCGCAGGUGAAGCUGGAGCCGGACUCGGACUGUGAGAACGGCAGCGGUGCGUGCGGACGCUACAACACACACGGCGGCGCAUGCGAACGCUACAACACACACGGCGCCGCAUGCGAACGCUACAACACACACGGCGCCGCAUGCGAACGCUACAACAGCGCAGGCGGACACACACACAUGGGUGCGCAGGUGAAGCUGGAGGACGGGUUCGGGCAGCAGUUCUCCUGCCAGCGGAUGAAGCCGCCGUACGCCGGACACUGCUACACCCCCCCACGGCCCCUGAAGUGUGUGUUGAACAGAGAAGCGGCCUCCGGCACACUCAACACACACUGCACUGACGUCUACACUGCUGACUACAGAGGGUACAUGCAGCAGGACUACAAAGCAGGCUACGAGUUCAAAGGUCACGGCCUCGUCCACUCCAUCAAGCAGGAGCCGCUGGACCCUCAACACUGGGACACACUGAUGAUGAGCUGCGGGAGCGGCAGGGCCGACACACACACCUGCACACCCUGCACACACUAACACACACACCUGCACACACACACACACACCUGCACACACUAACACACACACACACACACCUGCAUACACUAACACAUACACACACACAGAGGUCUGCCAAACACACACUCCUCUCAGUGUGUGUCCAUUUCAGAGUGAUGUACAGCAGCAGCAGCAGUUCUCCAUCAGUGUGUGCAGCGCUGCAGGAGUGUGUGUGGUGUGCAGCGCUGCAGGAGUGUGUGUGGUGUGCAGCGCUGCAGGUCUGCUCUCCCUCUGCAGGUGUGGGUCUCUGUAAUCUCGCUGUUACAGUAAGAGAUCCGCCGGUAACUCUUCCCUCACUCACCUGCUGGACUGUAGAAUGUUCAGAAUCUUCAAGACAGAAAUGCUGGAUCAGGGAACAGUAAUUGCAGUGUGUGUGUGUGUGUGUGUGUGUGUGUGUGUAUGUGUGUGUGUGUGUGUGUGCUGCUGAUGUUUGGACUGAAGCUUCUGUAUUCUGUUUUUCCUAAUGUGUGACUAUCAGAGGUCUUCUGCAGGUUCUGGAGGUGUUGAAGAUGCCGAGUCGCCGCUGGCAUAUAACAUGAGCAAUGAAUAAUAGCAGAGAUACAGUGACGUGAACACAGCGUCAACAGUCUUCCUGUUAUAUUUAUUUAUAAAAAUAAACACUUGUUUGACC